AUGAGCGUGAGCGUGGUGCUGGUAUCGACGAUCCCGGUGGUGGUGGACAAGAUCGGGGUCGACCUCCACGGUGACCUUGCAGGCCUGCAGCCGUACCGCCCCAAGCUCGACGUCCGCAGUGUCCAAGACCACGAUCGCACGCACACUGCAUGGGCAUACCGAGCCCGUAUGUGCACCGCGCUCGCGCUCGCCGGUAACAGGUGCGUGAGCCUCCAGGAGAACCGCAGCGCAUGGGUGUGGUACCUCGAGGGCGGGACGGGGACUGAGCGGGAUACCCUGCACCACGAACAUUGUCGCUGGGAACGCCGCAUGGAGCGCGUCACGUCGCGCUGGCAUCAGCUUUGGUGUCUCCAGCACCCCGGCUCCCUCGGCCGCCUGCACAUCACCUCCGCGUCCGACCCCAGCACUCCGCUCGACUUCUAUGGUGGCUUCCCUGAUGACGGCGCACCAAGCGAUCACGACGGCGUCCCCACCGCCACCCUCCGCCCCAAGCUCCUCCUCCAGUCCUCAUCCGCUGUCAAAGCCUCCCUUGCCAUGUCCCGUGCUCAGCCCACGCCCGCAGAGCCAUCGUGCCCCAUCCUCACCCCCCCCACAAUCGCCGCCCUAUUUUCAGCGAGGCUCGACAUCAGAACUGUCACCAGUUCCGAAGCCGGCUCGCUGUACGGCUCCUCCCGCCUACGCCCCCUCGCCGGCCCGAGCUCCUCUCUCGGGGGCUUUCGCGCCCAGCUCAAGGCUCUCAGUGUGCCUCCAUCUCCGAAGAAGGACGCUCGGUGGUCAACAACCUUGACCCGAGUACGCGAAGGCCGUGCCAUUGUAGGCUCGGACACGGGCUUGAUCAUCGGCUACCCCGCCUUCAAAGCCUGGUGA